UUUGCUCAGUAUUUGAUCAUUUAUGCAUGUGAACAUACAUAUUUACACGAGUCUUAAAUAUUAUUAAGGAUUUAUAGUCAACAUGCAGAAAUCAAUAGUUUUGUUUAUUCUUUGCGUUGUCGCUUUGUCGGCAAUCGUUGAAGCUGGACCAGCUUGUGAUUAUUGGGGGUGCGGUGGAAACAUCAAUAAUGUUGGAAACGGGAAAAAGAACAAUAACACCGUACGUAUGAGGGGUUCUGGUAAUCGAGGUGGAAACGGUGGCGAUUACGACGGCGGCUACGACGGUAGUUACAACGGUGGUUACGAUGGUGGUUACGACGGUGGUUACGACGGGGGUUACGACGGUGGUAACGACGAUGGUUACGGCGGAGGUGGCAGCCGUUACGGUGGCGGUAAUGGAGGACGUGGUGGCGGUGCUGACGCUGGUAGGAAUGGAGGAGGAAGUGGCGGUACUAAAGAUGGUGACUACGAAGGUGGCGAUGGCGGUGAUUACGGUGGUGGUAACGGUGGCAGCUAUGGCGGUGGUAAUGGUGGUAGAAACGGCGGUGGUAGAAACGGCAGUGGUAGAAACGGUGGUGGUAGAAACAGUGGUGGUAGAUACGGUGGUGGUAGAAACGGCGUUGGUGGCGGUGGCGGUAACCGCGGAGGAAACCGCAGCGAUAACGACGGCGGUGAUUAUGUUUCCAAUAACGGCUAUGAUUACGAUGGAGGAUGUAUCAGUGGCCACUGCGGUGAAAGUGUCAUUAAUAAUAUCGGAAACGGACAAGAAAACAGUAACGAGGUACGCAUGAAACCAAAAGAAAAAGGUUGUGCGGAUGGAAAAUGCGGUGAUCGCAGGGAAACGAAUAUUGGCAAUGGUCGCAACAAUCACAACAUUGUUUAUGGACUUUAAGUAAAUAAAAAAAAAUAAAGUAGCUAAAACAUGUUGUAUUUUACUAAAACAACACUAAACAAUUUAGUAUUUAUUUUUAAAAUGUAUUUUAAAGUUUAAGUCAA